CUCCAACGCGCGCAUCUGCGGCACGCGCUCUGGAAAUUCUGCAUCAUCAGCAUCAUCACCAGUCGGUUGAUUCUCCUCUUCAACCUUCAGUCUCAGUCUUUUGUUGAUUACAUUCGUCGAUAUUUUCAAUCCUCUUUUUUGGCUAUCGAUUUCAUUCCUUCAGCGAGGCUUCCUGAAACAGCUGCAUAGAGAAUGUCUGCUGCUAAUAAUGCUAAUCCAGCCGGUGGCCCUGGAGGAGAUGGGGCACCAGCGGGUCCUCCUGCUCCCCCUCCAAACACCACCAGCAACCGCCGACUACAGCAGACACAAGCACAAGUGGAUGAGGUGGUGGACAUCAUGCGUGUAAAUGUAGAUAAAGUUCUUGAGAGGGAUCAAAAGCUUUCUGAACUGGACGACCGGGCGGAUGCUCUGCAGGCCGGGGCUUCUCAGUUCGAAAGCUGUGCUGCUAAACUGAAGAACAAAUACUGGUGGAAAAACUGCAAGAUGAUGAUUAUAAUGGGUGUCAUUGGAGUCCUCUUCAUUGGAAUAAUUUUCUUGUAUUUCUUCUCCUGAGCUGAUUCACAGGAUGAGUAUGAGAAAUAAGCUCCACCCCUUCUCCUGAUCCUUCUCUACUCAAGAUCUCAGUCGUCUCACACUUUGGUGUGACUCCUUUUACCUGUACAUAGCACAUGCAUCAAUUCUUUUACAACUCUCUUUCCCUCUCUCUCUCUCUCUCUCUCUCUCUCUCUCUCUAUUACUCUUUCCAAUGAAUAUACUGCAUUAUUCAAAACUUAUGCAGACACAUAGACAUUCAUACAUGACUGCACUCAUACAGCCAGACGAGAGAGAGAGAGAGAGAGAGAGAGAGAGAGAGAGAGAGAGAGAGAGAUUAACUCAGGCUAAGUCAGAGAAUUUGUAAAUUGAUACAUACAUUAUCUCUCCUUGCAGAUAUAAGCCUAUGCUAUUCUUACUACUGCUAUUGCCAUUAACCUGUACCAUGAGCUAUCAGUCAUCCAUUUUGUUCAGAACCUUUAUGUGUACUGAUGAUACAGAAAAGGUUGAUAGCUUUUUCCAGAAAUAACUGCAUAGCACAAAAAGUAUUAA